GAGGCGGCAGCCAGUCGGAGUCGCGGCUGCCACGCGCUGCCGCCGCUGUGGGUCCCCGGAGCCGAGUCCCCGAGUCCCUCGUCGGGAGCGCGCUGUGCUCCCCCGCCGCUGUCUGGGUCUCGGCGCUCGGGCUCGGGAGUCGCGCAGACCGUGGUGGCGAGAGAGGCGGCGGCUGAACGGCUCGGGGUUGCGGCGCCCAACCAGGCGGUGAGAUGCCAACUGCCAAACAGCUCGCCGACUUCGGCUACAAGACCUUCUCCACCUCCAUGAUGCUGCUCACCGUGUACGGGAGCUACCUCUGCAGCGUCCGCGCCUACCAAUUCUUCCAGAGUCGCCGCUCCCGCCGCCAGGCCGCAGAAGAACAGAAGACCUCGUGAGCCCUGUAAAGCCGGGGGCUCUGUCCCCAAGCAGACAGACAUGCUGUGGAAGUCCUCACCUGCAGUCACAUCCGAGAGAACCGGGGCCUGAGUGGUUUUAAACCCUUCUGGGGCAAGUGCCGCGCUUGCUCUGCACUGCUGUUUGGGGAGGCGAUUAGGUCGCCCAGGAAUGAGGUGAGGGACAUCUAGAAACAUUAAAUAUUUGACCAUG